GGAGAAGGGAGCAAACAGUUUUUGACCGUGCAACAUGUUUUCACGGCUGCCGCAGUCUCCAUGGAAACGGGAUCAAACACGGAAGUCGUCCCUGAGUCUGCUGCAGGGGAGCUGACGGGAUGCCCAGGUUUCAGGAGCUGGAGUCAGGCCAGGCCCCGCCCCCUGGCGCCGGCGGCCUGGUUGCUAAGCGAUACAGCAUCCUGCGGAGUCUGGGCCGGGGCAGUUUUGGGUCCGUUUACCUGGUUCGGGACAACAGAGCUUCAGACGGAGAGCAGCUGAAGGUGUUGAAGCAGAUUCCUGUGGGCGACCUGCGCCCGGACGAGACGGUGCGAGCGACCCAGGAGGCCCAGCUGCUGUCCCAGCUGCACCACCCGGCCAUCCUCUCCUUCUACCACAGCUUCCUGGAGCGGGACGCCUUCUGCAUCGUCACCGAGUUCUGCCAGGUGUGUCUCCUCUCUCUCUGCAGGCGAGUCCUGCACCGAGAUCUGAAGGCCAAGAACAUCUUCCUGAAACGAAACCUUGUUAAAAUCGGUGAUUUCGGAGUUUCCUGCCUGCUGAUGGGAUCAUGUGACCUGGCCACCACCUUCACAGGGACGCCGUACUACAUGAGCCCCGAGGUGCUGAACCACCAGGGAUACGACUCCAAGUCUGACAUCUGGGCUCUGGGCUGCCUGCUCUACGAGAUGUGCGUCCUGUCCCACGCCUUCCAGGCUCCCAGCUUCCUGGCGGUGGCGAUGAAGAUCGUGGAGGGAGAAACGCCGGCGCUGCCCGCUCGCUACUCUGCCGAUCUCAACGCCGUCCUGCAGAGGAUGCUGCAGAAAGAUCCAGCAUCCAGACCGUCGGCUGCAGAACUUCUCAAGACCCCCUUCAUGGAGGACAACAUGAAGAAAAUGAAGGACAGGUUUGUGUCGAAAGACGAGAGCAAGAAAGACGCCGAGCUCAUCGCCAGGAACAUACAGAAUAAAAAUCACCUGCAGACGCUGAUGGAGAGGUCAGAGGUCGAGCAGAUGACGCCCAGAGAGAGAAUGAGGCUCCGCAAACUGGAAGCUGCUGACGAGAAGGCAAAGAGACUCAGGAAACUGGCCGAGGAGAAAUACGAAGAGAUCCACACCCGCAGGAGGGAACUCAGGAGCCGACAUUUUGAAAAAGUCAGCCUGGACGUUCUGAACGAGAGCAGAGAGGACGGAGCCUGCCGAAGUCAACCAAUCAGCAUCCAGGACCACGGGGGGUCACCAGGAGGUUCGCAGCCAAUCCUGAUGAAGCAGGAGGACAGCAAGAUGUCGGAGUCGGAGGUGCACGAUAUCCCAGAGGACCCUCAGGCUGCAGAAGUUUAUUACAACCAGGACGGAUUUGAUUCGUGUUCAGAGGACGAAGAGACGACAACACCUGCAGAGACACUCUACCUGUCGGACCCACAGGUCAGUGAGCUGGAGGCCAUGAUGAAGCACAUGCAGAAAGUUCUGGAAGAGGAGCUGAGCGGAGACCCAGAGGAGCCGGAGGCCCCUCAGGGGCCCUCGGUGAUCCACAGCAGCCUGCUGCAGACCAGAAUCCAACACCUGAGAGAGUGAGUCUCACAGAGGCUUUUAUUUUGA